UAAUUGAUGUGAUAGUUGAUGUCAAACCAUUGUGUUUGUGUGUCAUGUUUGGUAACCGAUGCAAACGGGAUGUCAAAAAUGAUGUCAAACUUGUGACUGGAAAAGUCAUCCUCACCAAUCAACCAUUUUAGUUUUCCGAAAUCAAUGUUUAGCUGUCAUCAAAAAGUUGUAUUUUCGUCGUUUAAAUUUUGAAAAAUACAAAACAAGGAAACAUUCGAAUCCAACAAUCUUUUUCAAAUAAAAAAAAAACAUUCAGAUAAACAGGAAAAUGUGAUCUAGAUUGAAGAAAAGAAUUUCAAAAUUGAAGGGUCCUGUCUACGUGCGGUUAUGUCCAUGCGACAUUUGAUAUUUGCGUUACUGUACUCAACGAUAUUCUUUCUGGGUACUCUGAGUUUCGUCCUUGCCACGAUUUUCCUGAGAAGAUGGGAAGGGUCUACGUAUCUUUGCUUUGGUGACUGUACAGUACAGAUAAGCAUGCAUGAAAGCGCACGCAAAGUCCUUCAAAAUUGCAUAGCAUUUGGACUUUUACCCAUAAUUUUUGUGGCAAUUUGGUUGGGGUUUGUGCGUUUAUUUCACAUUAUGGGACACCAGAUAUUGCCUCAUUCAGAAUCUAGAGUGGGGGUUGACAUGUGCUGCUACGAUGACGUUCUGAUGGAAAUCAUAGCAGACGUACUCAGCGCGUUUUAUAAUGUGAUAUAUGCAGCAGUCAUAACAACAGCUUACCAAGCAGCUCAUCACCGGAGAGGUAUUUACGGAGCUCUAGCCCAGAAGCAAACAAGGAGUGAGCAUACAGGUGGUCGCAUUAUGGCAAUCUUAGUUGGCAUCAUCUUCAUGCAAUAUGUCUCGUCACUUUUAUGGUGUUUGGCUAUUGGGUUAAAUGUGCACCUUCGUGAAAAAUAUAGGAUGGCUACUCUCCAACAUCAGAUGACGACCUCUGGCUAGAUAUAUUCCUUAAUAUAAAGUUUUACAGUAACACCCAAAUCUAAUUUGGUUUUAGAUUAGGCUCUAAAAUUUCAAAAUAAAAAAGAACGUUUUCAACAACGAA